GUUGUAGUACGAGCUGUCACUGCUCAUAAUUUGUUUGUCCUCCUUCUGGCAGUCGCAGUUUUCCGCCGGUAGCACAGCGAGUGCAGGGGCUGUGGGACGCUCAGGGCUGUUUGUACUUACUAUUGUUUGCUCCUGUUAGCUAACCAGCGAGCUAAAGGCUAAAGGCAGCUAACAAACUAGCCAGACUGACAGCUAGCUGCUCAGCUAGGAGUCGACGGACGGCAGCUAGGUUGCAGUUAGCUUGCUUGCUAGCCUGCUGGCAGUCAGAGGAGAGGAAGCCGCCCACUCCUGCAAAGCAGCAUACCGGACAAAACAGUGAAAGAUGGAGGCGCAAAGCACCAGCGGGCUGCUGCUGUCCAGAAAAAGGAGAAGAGACAGCUCCAACGGGGAGACCGAGGAGGGAGAGAGGCUUGGGAAAAUCCCCAGGUGCACUGUGGGAUUGAAGCACCCUGCACCUUUCGCAGAUGAGCUCGUGCCAGCUGAUCAACCCUAUGAGAGGGUCAGCAUGGAGGAGGCCAAGAGGGGAACACCACCUGACAGACCAGUGCGAGUGUACGCGGAUGGCAUCUUUGACGUUUUCCACUCAGGUCACGCAAGAGCACUUAUGCAGGCUAAAUGCCUCUUCCCAAAUACACACCUCAUUGUUGGAGUGUGCAGUGACGACCUGACCCACAAGUACAAGGGCUUCACGGUGAUGAACGAGGACGAGCGCUAUGACGCCAUCAGACAUUGCCGCUACGUGGAUGAAGUGGUGCGAAAUGCUCCCUGGACAUUAUCACCAGAGUUCCUGGCAAGACAUCGUAUUGACUUUGUGGCCCAUGACGACAUCCCAUACUCCUCAGCGGGCAGUGAUGACGUGUACAAGCACAUCAAGGAAGCCGGUAUGUUUGCUCCAACCCAGCGGACAGAGGGCAUCUCCACUUCUGACAUCAUCACACGCAUUGUCCGUGACUACGAUGUGUACGUCAGACGCAACCUGCAGAGAGGAUACACAGCCAAGGAGCUGAACGUCAGCUUCAUCAAUGAGAAGAAGUACCACCUGCAGGAGCGUGUGGACAAGGUGAAGAGAAAGGUCCGUGACGUGGAGGAGAAGAGCAAGGAGUUCGUCCAGAAGGUGGAGGAGAAAAGCAUUGACCUCAUUCAGAAAUGGGAGGAGAAAUCCAGGGAGUUCAUUGGCAACUUCCUGCAGAUGUUUGGUCCUGAGGGAGCUCUGAAGCACAUGCUGAAGGAAGGGAAGGGCCGCAUGCUGCAGGCCAUCAGCCCCAGGCAGAGCCCUAACAGCAGCCCCACCCGCGAGGAGCGCUCCCCCUCCCCUACUUUCCGUCUCCCCUUCUUCACCAAGACCUCUCCACCUCCUUCGCCGCCGCCCCACCACAGCGGGGCCCGCGGAUACCUCAUCAGCGAGGAUGACGACGAAGACGACGACGAAAACUAGAAAAACUAGUUUGAAUCCUCGGCUCAAAUGGGCUGCAGUCAGUGCUACCAGUUAACUGAGCUGUCAAGUAGCGUGGUUUUCAUCGAGCUCCUGCUUCCAUUACGUGUCCCCCCCCUUCCCUUUUUUGAUGAAGAUUUUACCUUGACAUUUAGCACUUCGGUGUCAUGUUAACUGUUACAUUCAGUUUACUCACAGCUCUUGUUUUAACAGCCAAUUUGUCCUUUUUUCUUCUUGUGUAACGGUCAGUAAAAGUUACCAUUAGUCACCCUGAUUUAUUUGAAAGUUAGCCUGAUUUAUCUGAGACACGUUAAAUUGUUGAGUUUAUUAGUCGCUCACUGUCACUCACUCUUAGGAAUAUUUGCAGGUGUUACACUCGGUGCACUCUUCCAUGUAUGGUGAUAUUCUUAAGGUUGGCGUUGUGGUGCAAUAGGAGUUUGUUUCUGUUUCUGUUUUUUUUUUGUUACGGCUUUAGUGGGAGGACUCACAGGUUUUUGGGUCACACAUUUAGUGUUUGGUGUCGGAGACAUGAGCUGAAACCUCGUGGAGACGCUGUUGAAUAUCUCCAGGGAAAGUUUUUCAGAGUGGGGUCAGAAAACUGGAGGAAAUGAUGCACUCAUGUUGUGGAGCAGUUUAUAUUCUGCUCAUGCUAACAUGAUGUCGACCUGGCUUUUUUCUGAUCUCAAGUGAAAUCCAGAUGUGCUUGAUUUUUAAAUAACAGGGAAACAAAUUACAUCAAACCUAUCUGGGAGUAAUAGUGUUAAAUGUCUACUAAACAGCUUUCCUCCCCCACCCAAAGUCUGUCUGCCUGCAUUGGGGCUAUGCGCGUCUGUGUCUAUGUGCAUGUGAAGUUUGUGUGUGUGCGAAGCUCAUACGUCGGCAUGUUUGAAAUGUCUCCUGUCAACAUUCUCCAUCUAUUGACAGAUCUGGGCUCAGCUUGACUUUGUGCACAUAAUAAAUUAGCUUUUAAAAUUUUUGGUCUUUGGAAGACUAAUUUCAAACUGGACGCCUUUUGGUGGCGUAAAAAGGAAGUCUUGCAAAAAUGACCCGUUUAAAUGUUAAUGUAGAAAUACUUAUUUUUUUAGAUCUUAUUGGUCCUUUCUUUAUCGUCCGUCUGCACAGAGACUGAUCUUAGUCAUCCCUGUUUAAAAGUGCUUUGAGUCUGAGCGGAGAAUCAACAUGAGCAAGGCUGCACUGUUUUAGUUUUUCUAUUUCUUUGUGAUGGAGAUCUGGGCCUGUGGAGGACUUAAAACUGAAAUCUGAUAAAAGAAAAUAUCAGGCUCUCGUACCUAAUAACACCUGAGAACUAAUUGCGUGACUUUUUGUAAGAAAUUACACUUUUGGGGAGUCACAAGCACAAACAGGAGCCUGAAUAAGGCCCUUGCAUCUCAUUGGUGGCAAACAUACAGGGAAGAAUACACAUAAGUUUAGGGUUUUUACCAAAUCCUGCAGAAAUCUACAAGGACUUUCGCUUAAGUGAACAGUCUGCAUCUGCUUAGAGAUGUAUUUGGGUGGACUCCGCUUUAACAUUUAUGUAGCUACCUCCUGCUUGCUUAAACUGAUUCUGUUCCCUAAGAUGAGCACAAAGUACGAGCGUUACUUUUUCUUUCUGAACAGAGCCAUUGUCCAAGCACUGAAGCGACAUCACACGGUCAAAUAUCUGAGGUUUUCCGGCCUCGGUUUGUGUCCUGCAUCUCCAGUGAUAGAAGCAUGUGUUGUGUUCUCCUAUAUAACCAACAAUGAAACACCACAGGUGGUCUGAAGAUGUAAUGCAAUACUGUUAAAUGACUCUAAUAUGAAUGUUGACAGAUAUGUGUGAUCUGUUCUAGGCUUGGUUUCCCAAAAGCACUUAUGGUUUCUUGCAGUUACAAAACUGCUUUUUAUUCUUAGGAGUAUAAAUCAGAUUUGAACGUGAGGAAAUAACUGGAAACACUGAGGAGGAUUCCCCCAGUUAAAAAAAAUCCCAUGUUCAGUAGUAAAACUUAAGACCAGUAAAAAAGUUCAGUCUGGAUUUUUGGUGCUAAGCUACUUUUGGGAAGCCUUGCCUUGAUUCUUGUGGAAUCUGUUCCUUAAAUCAGUGUGAACUUCUCAGCAAGAGCACGACCACAUUUCGAACUCAAGUGGCAAGCCAAUAACCGCCACUACUAAGAUACAAAUGUAAAUGUUUUUAACAAGUGUUUUAAUUAAUCAUGUAUUAUUUUACUGUUUGGGGUCAUUUUUAAGUCCUGGAUGUAGAGGUCAGUAAGAGCAAGACAGGAAAAAUGUAUUAAACAUGUUGGCCAAAG